CCGAGAUCGGCGGACCUCGGCGAACCCUCGCUCUCCACCGACCGCUCUCCACUCUCGACACCAUGGCGGCAGUGGCGGCAGCUUCAGCCGAACUGCUCAUCAUCGGCUGGUACAUCUUCCGCGUGCUGCUGCAGGUGUUCCUGGAAUGCUGCAUUUACUGGGUAGGAUUCGCUUUUCGAAAUCCUCCAGGGACACAGCCCAUUGCGAGAAGUGCUCAGGUACUCCCUGCAGAAGCUGGCGUACACGGUGUCGCGGACCGGGCGGCAGGUGUUGGGGGAGCGCAGGCAGAGAGCCCCCAACUGAGGCCCCGACUCCCAGCCCUGGGCGGCCGCGUCAUCAGGUGCUCCUGUCCAUCUCAGCCAGCAUGGGAGCCAGUGCCGCACAGGAAUGGGGGGUCCCCCGUGCUCCCUCGCCAGAGGAGCACUUGCCAAGGUCAGUGAGGGGCCAGUAGGUCCUCCGGAGAAGCAGCACCGACCAUGAAGACCAGAUCCCUUUCCCCUGUGCACCGGUCCCACGGCGGGGGCAGGGGCGGGGGCAGGGGGGUGGGGGGAGCAGACCCCUGAGAUCUGGGCCUAGGCAUCACAUUCUGAUCUGGACCAAGUCAGGACAGCGCCAUCCCAGCCCACAGCCAAGGCCAUGCCAGCAGACCCCACCACGGAGAUCCAAGCAGCACACCAGCCAGCAGAAUGUGCCUCCGGACAUCAGCAGCUGAAGCCCAGACUCUCGGGCAGCAGAGAAGGCGCCAGACUGCGAGCCCGAGUGUGGGACUGGAGGGCGGGGGGAGAUGGUUAGGAACCAGUGAGAACCAGUGAGGGCCUUCUCGCCGGCCCCUGCGAGGGCACGUGCACUCCAGCCUUGCUGCCUUUUGCUCUCUCCACUCCC